UUCAUACAGAAAAGAACAGAUUGAGAAAAAUACAAAAUAAUGGAGUUCGCUGAUAUGAUACUUAUCCCCAAAUUGGAUGGUGUAGUACUACAUGGACCUUUCCAAAAGCCUGUUGAUGGCACACUUUGCAUCACAGGUCAUCAUCUGAUUUUAUCAUCUCGCAAAGAAGGUGGAGAGGAAUUGUGGACCCUGUGGUCUGAGUUGUUUCUACGUUGGGUGGUGGACCAGUCACCACAGCGCCAAGCAUGGCGCACCAUCACAGCUCUCCGUGAACGAGACAAGGAGCUGCGCCUAAAAGCCACAAGGCUGCGUCGUCAGUUGGCUGAACUGGAGCGUGAAGCGGUGGAAGCGGGAGUGCUGGCUCCAGCAGCUGUGCUGCCGGCAUCUCCUACACCUGGUGCUGACCUGCUACCUGCUCCUGUGCCGGCAGAGGUGGCCUGAGAGGGGCGGUGCGCAGGUGCCUGUUGCCUGCGCUGGUACCGGCAGGAGAUCUCCGACAACUACAUCAGCAUUGCUAUGAUCCCCGUUCAGAACAGCAGGUACUAAGCACUCUGGCCAGGCCAUGGUACCGGUCGGUGUUUUUGACCUUCCCCACCCACAGCCUGCUCCCUGCCCCUUCUUUAGUUUCAGAGGUACCAGUUGCUAGGCAUGCAUGGCGCUCGCAUUGCAAUCACAUUCCAGUCCCCUGUGUUGUGUCCUAUUUCCCUGCUGUACAUGACUUCUUUUGUAUCAGAAGUCUUUGUUGUGUGUGAAUACAACCCAUUUUGUGUUGGAUUAGGGGUACCAGAGCCAGAGAAUGUCGGGGGUAAGUUUUCAGAUAAAGAGAUCUCUACAAGCGGUUCAAAAACUCACAAUAUUUGGUUUUACAAAGCCUUGGAUUUUGGAGGCAAAACUGAAUUACAGCUGCUAUGUGUAGCUAGAUAAUAAUAAAACAAAGUACAUGAUUUGAAAAGAGAAAUAUUUAAUAAAGAAACGCUGGACAGUGAAAUAAAAUGCACAACUCAAGACUAUCAUUUAAAAGUUCUUGAGGAGAACAUGUGCUUAUGUCUUAUAACUACAGUUUUUAAGCUACAAUUCAAAAGCUACAAAUUGAAGUUGCUUAAUCUAUAGAUUACGGUUACGGUUUUAUGCUGCAUUCUUAAAGUUAUAAAAUUUGGGCACUCUCUGACUCUUAUAGUUAUAUCUGAAGUUAUCUUUUCCCCUCUUAUCUGAAAACCCAGCCCCAUGAGUGAGCUACCUUCUCCUCCUGACUUGACCAUUUUCCUCUCUGGUCUUGCAAUAGGUUGAGAGAAGAAAUUCAGGAACAUUUUGAGUGCUUGUGUAAGGAAAUGCACGCCUUUUAGAAGCAGCAAAAACCUCCCUUUGGCAUCCUACAAACAUAGUUAGCACAUAUCUCUAGUUUAAAAAACAGAAAAUUUGAAGUACAUAACCUAUCUUCCCUUCAAUUUUUUCAGUAGGGAACUGAAAAAUAAACCUGCAAACGCAGACUAUUGGAAUAUUCUAUAAAUUAUAGUAAUACCAAUUGUUGGUGAUAACCAAAGAUCUGUAGUGUGAUAUCUCAUUAUAUAGAAUGCAAGUUGUGCACUUGCUUCAUGUAAAAAUUGCCUUGUUGAAAUAUUAUUGAAUGUAAAAAGUUAUCAAAAGAAAUGGAUUUUUAUUUACAUACCCCAUGUUUUAGCAUUUCAUUCCCUUCCUUGCAAGUUAAGUUUGUAUUUGACCACGAGUGCAGAUAUUUCUGGAAAAUUCAUUUUAAUAAUGGAACUACUACAGCACCUGAAUCCCUGUUUGUUAAAAUACUGUCUGCAUAAAUAUAUAAGAAAUAAUUCCAUCAAGUGAUAAAUAUGCAGAAAGAUUUGUCUAUGCCAAAAACCUGAUUAAAUCAUACUAGGUCUGAUGAGAAUUUUCUGAUGCUAAAGAAAGUUCAGUACAUAGUGAUAAAUAUGUAAAGAAUGUAACAGUCACUUUGUUCUUUGAGGACAUCAAAAUAAUGUUUUAUAAACACAAUUUGACAAAUUCCUUACAAAUUUGUCUAAAGGCAAUCUUUAAGUUUGAAAUUUUCAAUAGGAGUGACAGAUAAUUUUGUGAUAGUUGUAAGAAUUAACUACUAGCUCCGUGUAUCCUAAUUUGGAAUAUUGAGAACUUUUGAAAUUGGAUUCCUCAGAACAUUUCUCGUGAUCCAUGAUAGUAAGUAGUUUUGAAAAGUAUCAGGAUAUCAAUAAAAUUUAGGCUUCUUCAAAAUGCAUAUUUUAAGUAUAGAAUGCAUAAUAGUGUGUUCUGGGCAAAUUGAGAAGACUGUUCACUAAAUAGUGUUGCAACUGCAAAAGUCAUUUUAAAAUUUGCUUUAAAUAACUUUCAGUAAUUUAAAUUUGCAAUUGUUUUGAAAAAUCGUCUUGACAUUAAUUCAACUUAUUAAGUAAACCAUUAUAAGACAAAAAAGGGGGAAGUUAAUCUCAGUUUUUCUUCUACGAUUUGUGAAACUGCUCUUAAAUUUAAGGUUGGAACUUCUGCAGGUAUUAUAUCAAAUAUUUUGUACCUAAUUUGUUUUUCAUGUUUGAUAUUACAAAGAAAAAUUUUCUCAUAGUGAAUCAAGAGUUGAGACUGCAAUUCUUCAGGGUUGGGAAGCAUUUAUUAGAAAGAUUGCAGUUUUAUUUAACCAAUUAGGUUGCUGAAGUAUGGAUAACAUAAUUUACUGCUGCAGCUGUGAUUAAAUAUUUUCAGUGAUGGAAAAAGUACGCAAAUAAAGGCAAACUUUGGGAAUUGGGCUCAAUUACAGUUACUCGUAACAUAUUGUACUCUACUACAAUUAUAAAUUAUUUUUUCAGCGUGUAAUUAGUAAAAUUACAAGUACACGUAGAAAUGUAUUGUUCAUGAAUGGAUAGUUAUGGCGAACUAAUCUUCGUUCGGCGCGCUGAGCUGGACCCACAGAAAUUCCCCUAUGCUGUAGGUGGGGGUUCG